GGUCUCAGCCAACUUCAACUCAACCCACUCAUCGCCCGCCAAUCUUGGAUCUACCCUCACCCACAUCCUCACAUGGCCACCAUGGCUCUCUCCUCUCCCACCCUCGCAGGCAGGGCUGUCAACAUCGCUCCAUCUUCCUCCGAGCUUCUCGGUGAUGGCCGUGUCACAAUGCGGAAGUCCGUUGCAAAGCCCAAACCCGUCUCCUCUGGUAGCCCCUGGUAUGGUCCAGACCGUGUUAAGUACCUCGGCCCCCUCUCCGGUGAAGCUCCUUCCUACCUCACCGGUGAAUUCCCCGGUGACUAUGGCUGGGACACCGCUGGUCUCUCUGCUGACCCAGAGACCUUUGCCAAGAACAGGGAGCUCGAAGUGAUCCAUGCCAGGUGGGCGAUGUUGGGGGCACUUGGGUGCGUCUUCCCUGAGUUGCUUGCUAGGAACGGCGUCAAGUUCGGUGAAGCUGUCUGGUUCAAAGCCGGUGCUCAAAUCUUCAGUGAGGGAGGGCUUGACUACUUGGGCAACCCUAGCUUGAUCCAUGCUCAGAGCAUCCUAGCCAUUUGGGCUACACAGGUCAUUCUCAUGGGUGCGGUUGAGGGAUACCGCAUUGCUGGCGGACCACUCGGUGAGGUGACCGACCCACUCUACCCAGGUGGUAGCUUCGAUCCACUGGGUCUGGCUGAUGAUCCUGAAGCAUUCGCAGAGUUGAAGGUUAAAGAGAUCAAGAACGGCAGACUUGCCAUGUUCUCCAUGUUUGGGUUCUUUGUUCAGGCCAUUGUGACUGGCAAGGGUCCAUUGGAGAACCUGGCUGACCACUUGGCUGACCCAGUCAACAACAAUGCCUGGGCAUAUGCCACCAACUUUGUCCCCGGCAAAGAACCAAUCACAACCAAGCUACUGAUUUCAUUGGAUGAUGUGGGCACAAUGGCUAGUAUCCUCACUGCCUCCACAGCGUAUAUAAAGGCAACGCCUGGCCUUAGGCAACUUCAAGCGCUCACUCAACCCACUCAUCUACCACCAUCCUUGGACCUACCCUCACCCACUCCAAAGAUGGCGACCAUGGCUCUCUCCUCUCCCACCCUCGCAGGCAGGGCUGUCAACAUUGCUCCAUCUUCCUCCGAGCUUCUCGGUGAUGGCCGUGUCACAAUGAGAAAGUCCGUUGCAAAGCCCAAGCCCGUCUCCUCCGGUAGCCCCUGGUAUGGUCCAGACCGUGUUAAGUACCUCGGCCCCCUCUCCGGUGAAGCUCCUUCCUACCUCACCGGUGAAUUCCCUGGUGACUAUGGCUGGGACACCGCUGGUCUCUCUGCUGACCCUGAGACCUUUGCCAAGAACAGGGAGCUCGAGGUGAUCCAUGCCAGGUGGGCUAUGUUGGGUGCACUUGGGUGCGUCUUCCCUGAGUUGCUCGCUAGGAACGGAGUCAAGUUCGGCGAGGCUGUCUGGUUCAAGGCCGGUGCUCAGAUCUUCAGUGAGGGAGGACUUGACUACUUGGGCAACCCUAGCUUGAUCCAUGCUCAGAGCAUCCUGGCCAUCUGGGCUACGCAGGUCAUUCUCAUGGGUGCAGUUGAGGGGUAUCGCAUUGCUGGCGGACCACUCGGUGAGGUGACCGACCCACUGUACCCAGGUGGUAGCUUCGAUCCACUGGGUCUGGCCGAUGACCCCGAGGCAUUUGCAGAAUUGAAGGUGAAGGAGAUCAAGAACGGCAGACUUGCCAUGUUCUCCAUGUUCGGGUUCUUUGUGCAAGCCAUUGUGACCGGCAAGGGUCCCUUGGAGAACCUGGCUGACCACUUGGCAGACCCAGUCAACAACAAUGCCUGGGCCUAUGCCACCAACUUUGUUCCUGGCAAGUGAAGUACUCGCUGAAACUAAAGAUUGUAAAUUAGAAGGAUUGUGUGAUCUUUUUGUUGUGUAAAAAUGUAACUCUGCUGUUCCAAAGAACACAACGUUUUUUCUCGCUUAA